AGUGAUGCCUUGCGCCUGUCAAAAUGGCUGCGGUUUUUUAUUUUUCCAUAUUUUAAAUAUUCAGCGGCUUUUCCACCCAUAUUUUAGAUGGUUAUAUCAAAAUAUACACUUAUAAAAAUAUCCCUGUAUUUAAGUAUAGCCUGUUCAGGUGUAUAAACUUACUAGAAAGACUGGGACGCUGGAGUUACUGCUAACAGCUAGCAGUUCCUGACUGAAUUCACCUGACAGAAGCGAAGCUGUUCUUCAAACACGUGGCCGUCCGUCCACCUGCUAUAUAACCCGUUAACUAUGCCAGCCGUCCUACAAUAGCUGUUGCAAAUGAAAAUGGAUGAUAUGUCGCUGUCAGGCCUGGAUAACACCAAGCUAGAGGCCUUGGCUCAUGACAUCUACUCAGACUUGGUGGAGGAUGCAUGUUUGGGGCUUUGCUUUGAAGUGCAUCGAGCUGUCAAGCAAGGCUACUUUUUCCUGGAUGAGACGGACCAAGAAAGCAUGAAGGAUUUUGAAAUAGUGGACCAGCCAGGGUUGGACAUAUUCGGGCAAGUGUACAACCAGUGGAAGAAUAAGGAGUGUGUGUGUCCUAACUGUAACAGGAGCAUAGCAGCCUCGCGAUUCGCCCCUCACCUGGAGAAAUGUUUGGGAAUGGGGCGCAAUAGCAGCCGCAUCGCCAGCCGCAGGAUAGCCAGCAGCAACAACACGAGCAAGUCAGAAAGUGACCAAGAGGACAACGAUGACAUCAAUGACAAUGAUUGGUCAUAUGGUUCAGAAAAGAAACCCAAGAAGCGAAAGUCAGACAAGAAUCCAAAUUCGCCCAGAAGGUCCAAGUCUCUGAAGCAUAAAAAUGGAGAGCUCAGCGGUAGUGUAAAUCCCGACCUUUACAAGUACAACUACAGUUCCGGGAUCAGCUAUGAGACUCUGGGGCCGGAAGAGCUCAGAUUGCUCCUGACUACGCAAUGCGGUGUCGUAUCAGAGCACACUAAAAAGAUGUGCACACGGUCCCAGCGCUGUCCCCAGCACACGGACGAGCAGAGGAGGGCGGUCAGAGUUUCCUUCCUGGGGCCGUCCGCGUCGACACUGCCCGACCCUGAGUCAGUCCUGGAAAAUGACGGGUAUGACACCCCUGAUGGACAGCUCAUCAUGUCCCGCCUCCAGUGGGAUGGCUCGUCCGACAUCUCGCCUUCCGACUCUGCCUCCUCCAAAGCCAGUACCAAUAACUCCGACUCUAAAAGACCUAAGAAAAAGAAGAAGCCUAGCUCUCUGCUUGUGAGUAGUGCUGGAGUAUGUGAGAGGGAGAAAGGAGGAGACCGAGAGAGAGCAGGAGGUGGAGGGAGCAGCAGCAGUGUGAGUGGACUGGGUAGAGCAGGCACUAGCAGUAGUAGCAGCAGCAACUCUCAGAGUGCACUUGCCCUAUCAAAUCGAAAGAAGAGACCCAGACCUCCACCUCCACCAGCCCCUAAUAUUUACGACGACUUGAACUAAAAGAACAACACACACACGAACAAACUCCGCUAUGAUCAUUACACUGAAUUGUUUAUUUCCUUCACUAUUUCGAAGCAGGAUGUGUGUUUGCAUAUGUGGGUCACGUGCAGUGGAAUACCAGGGUUUACGUUAACUUGUGAUUGGUAUAAAUGUGCUAUAGCAUGGCCAGACUAAAGUGAGGUGAUGUGUGUGUGUGUGUGUGUGUGUGUGUGUGUGUAGAUCCUUCUGAUAAUUCUGUUAAUGGUUUGGCUUCAAAAACCACACAAUAAUGUUGCUGCCUCUUAAUUGAAGAUGCUGUUUCAGAACAGUUCCACUGCUUCCUGCUAAAUAAUGCUCUUUUGAUAAUCAUUGUUGUAGCUUACGGCCAAAUUAUGCUCUUUGUCAACAUUUUCUACCACUUCCUGGUAAAUAUUUUUUUCCAGCAUAUGUUGCACUAUUUAUUUACAGUGUAGUGUGUUAGUGUUCCUUGUGUGGUCUAGAAAUGUGCUCUGUGCCCAGUGUCUUUUUCGGGUCUUGAGAGCGCUUAUUACAUCCUGUUUUAUUUUACACUGAACUGCUCAAAAAUAGCACUUAACUGAAAUAAUGAAAGAAAGAAAGAUGCACUUCAUUUGGACUAAAUAGAAAAAGCCUUGUAGCUUUUUAAAAAGUGUUGGUUUUUUUUUUAUUUAAAUCUUUUAUUUUUGUGGAUUCAAAUUUAAAACGUCUAUAAAAUAAUCGUGUGGUGGAGGGGAAAAAAAAAAGAUUCCACUAUUACUUAUCUGUACAUAGGAAGCUGUACUGUGUCUAUGGAUAUAUUUGUAAUUUUUCAAUGCUGGCGUUGGUUCUCUCACUCCUUGCUGAAUGUCCUGUGGUAUCGUGAAUAAAGCCUGGUGUGUCUCAGGACCACUUUUCAUCUGGAA